AUGCCUGUUUUGAAAAGUUCCGGUAAGGAAGCACUUGACCGCGUUGUGGACAAGAUUGCUGCGGAGAAGAAUCUCCCGGGUUUCCUGUUCGCUGCUACCACCAUUGAUGAGGAGAUAUAUUCUAAAGCAACUGGUUACAAUGUCCUCGACAAACCGGAGAGCGGAAAGAUCGAUGAUGAGAGUAUAUUCUGGAUCUGCAGCCAGACCAAGAUGAUUACUCAUCUUGCUCUACUUCAGCUUAUAGAUCAGGGGAAAGUGUCGUAUGACACCCCAGUCUCCGAUUACCUCCCUGAUUUUGCAAAUUUACUGAUCAUCGAUGAUCAAUUUGCUGACGUCUGGACCUACAAGCCUGCAAAAAAUGUGAUGCUAAUUAAACACAUUUUGAAUUUUUCGAGUGGCUUGUUCUACUCUAUGAAGGGUUUCAAGCUUGAUGAGCAAGGUGGCGCGUAUGCUGCGUCACACGACAAGACUGAUCCGAUUGGGCAUUUCCUAUCUGAAUUGAAGGGAGGUCUACCUGGCAUUCCUAUUCUCUUUGAGCCCGGAACAAGUUUCGCGUACGGAUACAGCUCUGAUAUUGUUGGUUUUGUGGUAGAGAAGGUUACUGGACAAACCUUGGAAGAAUACUUCCAGCAGAACAUCUUCAAGCCUUUGGGAAUGAAAGCUUCGUUUUACCUUACUCCAGAUAUCAAAUCAAAACUUGUGGACCUGUCCUAUAGACGCGGCGAUACGUUAGAGCCCUGGUCAGGGCAAACCAAGCUCAUUGAACAAGAUCCGUCCAAAGUGGCCGUGCAUUUGGGAGGAGUAGGCUUAUACGCUUCUGUAAAAGACUAUCUAGGUCUUCUUCCCGGAAAAGCUUCAAAUCCCAUCAUCGGGAAGGCAACUUUGGACACGAUCUUUGACCCGGCGCUUACUGAGGCAGGAGCACAGGCUCUAGGAUUUUUGCAAGGCCUUGAUUCGACUGUAACGUCGAAAGGAGCGCAAUGGAGUACUGCUUUGUCGGUUCAUACAGAGGAUUGGCCUGGGCGACGAAAGAAAGGGUCGGCAUCUUGGUGGGGCUGGGCGCAUACAAUGUUUUUCAUUGAUCCAACAACAAAUGUGGCUGCUGUCCUCGGAAUUCAAGUUAUCCCUACCCUUGAUCAAAAUGUGUUCAAGGCGUGGGCUCAACUGGAAGAAACACUAUAUUCAGAACUUCAAGAAUAG